AUGGCCCCUCUUUGGUCUUGGUUGGGUGCUUUUUUGGCUGCUGUCCCUGUGGCUUUGGCGGCGCAUGGAGAUCCAAUUGCUCAGAAGUACAUUGUUGAGUUUGUUGAUUCUAAGACUUCGUCUGCAAGCUUUCUCUCUACACUGAAUAAGAAGGGUAUUCCGGCUAGCCUUAACCACGACCUGUCAUUCGCUCUUUUCAAUGGUGGUUCCUUCACACUGCUCAAUGAUAGCAAGAACGAAGCUGCGGUCGUCAAGCAGAUUGCCUCAUGGCCCACUGUGAAGAAGGUCUCCCCCGUUCGAGAGCUGCAACAACCCAAGCAAAAGGUUUCUAGCGUGGCCCACGGCGCACCUACUCGCCACAACGUUCCUUCUCAUGGCCUCCGACGCCGUGAUACAGCGGAUCAUGAUGGAAAUGACUAUCCCCACGUCAUGACUGGAGUUGACAAGCUGCGCGCGGAGGGUUACCUGGGAACUGGAAUUCGCGUUGCUGUCGUGGACUCCGGGGUUGACUAUACACACCCUGCUCUUGGAGGCUGCUUUGGAAAGGGUUGCUUGGUUGAAUUCGGCUUCAACUUCUUGGACAACACUACUGACCCUUAUGAAGCUCAUGCUGGCCACGGAACUCAUGUCUCUGGACUGAUCGCCGCCCAGCCAAACCCAUAUAACUUCACUGGUGUCGCUCCGAAUGUGACUCUGGGUCAUUAUAAGAUCAUUGGCAAGCAAACUGUCAGUUAUGGCACUGAUAUUAUCACUGCGGCUUUCAAGAGGGCCUAUGAGGACAAAGCAGAUAUCAUCUCCGCUUCUUUCGGCUCGUACAAGGGCUGGAGUGAUGAGCCGUGGGGAGAAUUGGUUCAGAAGCUGGCAGCCCAUGGUCUUCCCACGUUCAUUGCUAGUGGAAAUGACGGAAGCUUCGGUUUGUUCCUAGGUUCUAACGGUGUUGACAACGCUGCCGCCAUUGGUGUUGGAGCCUUCAACAACAAGUAUAGCCCUUUGCUACUUACAGGCGCUAGCUACUCUACCCAAAACUCCACCAAGGAAUUUGGCUGGCAGAUUGCAGGUGACUCGGACUUCAAGAAUGGUUCUUAUGCCUUGUAUCCAAGCAGUAUUAACGCCUCCAUUGUUGGCGAUUCCUGUGAACCGUGGACAGGAAGUCACCCGGAUCUGUCUAACAAGAUUGUCUUGAUACGCUAUGGUGGCUGCCGCGGUAGUGAACAGCAAGCUAAUGCGGUCAAUGCCGGUGCUAAGAACAUCCUAUUCUACAAUAAUGAGCCUGGCACUUAUGAGUUUUCUACGAUAAACCCCAAUCUCACAGCGUUGGCAAUGGUUUCUGCCCAAACUGGCGAGAACUGGGUUAAGCUUGCUGCAUCUGGUGCUAACAUCACACUGCACAUGACCAGUGAAAAACAUGCCAAGACCAUAUUCAUCAACGAGACUAACCCUCAGUCUGGAGGUCAGAUCGGCGAAUACACCCAGUGGGGUCCUAGUAACCAGAUCCUCCCCGCAACAGCCGUUGGGGGAGUCGGUGGAUUCAUGCUGUCAACCUGGCCCGUUCCAGAGGGCAGUUACGCUAUUGAGACUGGUACCUCGAUGGCAACUCCAUACGUCGCUGGUUGUGUUGCUCUUCUGAUGGAGGCUCGCGGUAAGGGCAACGUGACCCCUGCCGAGAUCAAGGCUCUGCUAUCUACCACUGCCAACCCCAACGUCUUCCACGACGGCGUGACUGCAUCACCAUUCCUCGGAUCAGUAGCUCAACAAGGUGGCGGUCUCAUUGAUGCCUACAAGUUCCUCCACACCACCACCGAGUUCAACGUCAGCGUCAUCUCGUUCAACGACACUCAGCACAUCGCCCCGGCCUAUAUCCGCAUCAGAAACACCGGUUCCACACCUCGUGUCUACUCUGUCGGCCACGUCGGCGCUGCUACUGUCUACACGCUCCCCGAAAACAGCACCAUUCCCCAGGAGAACAAACUCGGCGACUUUGUUGACCGUACCACCAUUGGUGCUUCGCUCAACUUCAGCUCCACCCGUAUUUCCAUCGCUGCCGGUAGCUCAACUGUCCUAAAAGUCACCCCUCACCUUCCUAAGGGCCUUUAUCCCCACCGCAUUCCAGUAUACAGUGGAUACAUUACUCUGAAUGGAACCAGCUCCGCAGACUCUUUCUCCGUUCCUUAUCUAGGCGUUGCCACCGAUAUGCGCAACGUGACUAUCCUCGACACAACACAAGGCAACUACAUCGUCGAUAGCGCCACCGAGGAACGCAUCGAAGAAAACCACCACUUUACCCUUCCUAACCCCAAGUCUUCUGACAAUGGCGACAGUGGAAACACCAGCUACCCCAUUUUCAAGACAAUCCUUUCCAUGGGUACGGAUCUGCUCCUCGUCGGCGUCAAGUCAGCCAACGGUAGCACUGUUCUCCCUGUUUCUGCGCCCCAGACGGCCCUUGCACGGACUGUCGAUGGUGUCAGUGGCCCAGCAAGCUCUUCCUUUACUGGUGAACUGGCGAAUGGUACUUAUGUUCCGGAGGGUGACUACGUCAUGGUUGUGCGUGCUCUGAAGAUCUUCGGUAAUCGUCAUGAUCCUAGAGAUUAUGAGACUGUGCGGACUGUUCCUUUUGGAAUUAAGUAUGCUCCUACUUCUAACUAG